AUGAAACUGGAGCUAGUCCUCAUACCAUCAACUGGUGACGGCCACCUCCGGCCACUAGUGGAGGUUGCUAAGCUCCUCCUUGACAACGAUGAUCAUCUCUCCAUCACCGUCAUCAUCAUCCCUUCCAUGCACGGAUUCCAAACCACAAGCUAUUCCUCCUACAUCGCUUCUCUCUCCACAACUUCCAAUGACCGCCUUCGCUUCAGCUUCAUAUCAUCUGCCGAUAGACCAAACUCUCCUGACGCCGAGCCUAAUUUCAUCUCCUACAUGGAGAGUUAUAAACCGGUGGUGAAAGCUACGGUGGCUAAACUCACUGACUCUGCUCAACCUCCCUCUAGCCGGCUUGCUGGCUUCGUGAUGGACAUUUUCUGCACGACGAUGAUUGACGUUGCGAACGACUUUGGCGUUCCGACAUACUUGUUCUAUCCUUCCAACGCCACGUUUUUUGGAUUACAGAUACAUGUGCAGUAUCUUUGCGACGUUGAGAAGUGCGACAUCAUCAGCGAGUUGAAAGAUUCAGACACUGAGUUGGAAGUACCUUGUCUGACUCGCUCUUUACCAGCCAAGUGCUUCCCAUCCGUGUUGUUAAACAAGGAGUGGUUACCUGUUUUUCUAAGGCAAGCCAGAAGAUUCCGCGAAACUAAAGGUUUCUUGGUGAACACGUUUGCUGAACUUGAGCCACAAGCUAUGAGUUUCCUCUCCAGCGGAGAUAAUAAUCUUCCCACGGUUUACGCGGUUGGGCCGGUUUUAAGUGUCGAAAACAACGGUUUAGACUUGGCCGACGAUAAACAAACGGAGAUCCUACGGUGGCUCGAUGACCAGCCGGAUAGAUCAGUUGUGUUCCUCUGCUUCGGGAGCAUGGGAGGUUUCAGUGAGGAUCAAGCCAAAGAGAUUGCCAUAGCGCUUGAACGAAAUGGCUGUUUAAGGUGA